AUGGAAGACAACGAAGCAUUUCAGGAUGAGCUACUUGCCUUAGAAAGUAUUUAUCCUUCUUGUCUUUUACCAAUAUCCGAGCAGAGUUAUACCUACACACUGAGUAUACCCGACAGCAGAGUACAUCUUAACCUACAAUUUCCCAUCGAGUAUCCAGACUCUCCACCUAUUGUAUUAGAUGCGUAUGGAAUUGAUAAAACCCUUGCAGAAGACGUUCUGCUGUCGGUUGCUACCGGUGAUGUAUGUAUUUUUUCGUAUAUAGAUUUGCUGAAAGAACUAGUGGAUAUCGAAACCGAACAAGAAGCCAUGCAGAACGAGCACAAGAAGCAAGAAGAAUCAGACAAAGACUCACCAGUAAUGCUUGAUAAAAAUCAAUAUGUUGCUAAGACUCCAGAAACCCAUCAAGAAGAGUGGAAACCCUCAUUCGACUGGAAAGAAUCACAAGCGAUCAAUGAUAGAAAGAGUACCUUCGCAGCUCAUGCCACUAGAGUUAAUAGCCCAGAAGAAGUUCAAAAGGCUUUGGAAGAGCUGUAUAUGAACAAAAAGGUAGCCAAGGCAAAUCACAACAUGGUUGCUUAUCGUGUAAUCUCUCAACGUGGAAAUGUCAUUCAAGACAAUGAUGAUGAUGGUGAAUCUGCUGCAGGAUCACGCAUGGGGCAUUUACUAACAAUGAUGGAUGCCGAAAAUGUUUUUGUUUGUGUCUCACGUUGGUUCGGAGGCACUCAUAUCGGACCUGAUCGCUUCAAGCAUAUUAAUUCUACAGCCCGUGAAGCUGUCCUUUUAACUGAAGCCGCACCUGAACAGAAAAAGGGCAAUGAUGAUAAAAAGAAAAAGAAGCAUCGAUAA